AUGGAGUAAAGUACUCUUAUCUUAUAAAGUAUUAAGUAAAAGCUUAACAACGAUGAAGAUUUAUCAAGAAUAAGCUUAAGGAUUAUGUAAAUAACUAUGUCUGGCUGGAUUUUACAUAAAGUGAAUAAACCCUAUUCAAGGGCUUUUCAUAUGAAUGUGUCUUUUCCCCCUUAAAUAGAAUUAUAAUUGCUAGCUAUUUAAAAAGGGGAUAGGAAGGGGCCCAAAUAAAAUUGA